CACAAAUACAGAGUAUUGUCUGGUGCAUCUGCGGAGCUGCUUCGUCCAGUGAAUUAUGUUUCAUAUUUACCCCACUUUUCUGUAUUGAAUGAGCUGCAUACGAGAAAUAAAUUCUCUAACUCACAAAACAGCUCCAGGGAUAAGAUGUGGCUGAGUCAUCACAUUAUCCAGCCUACAUUAGCUGCCUAGAACGCUACCCUGAACGUGAUAUGUUUCAUCAAUGGUUGGUAUACCUUGUGGGAAUUUUUUUGAAAAAGAACCUGACAACGAACAGACUCCUACACCAUCAAGCUAUUCAUUUCUCUCCAAGACAAAUCCCGCUUUCUUCCGCUUAGCUCUUUUGGUUGCUUGCACCAUUGUUGUUUUCGUACUUCUCAUAUCAGGAACAGCAACAACAGCUAUUUCCUUUCCACCGCAGCCCUUACGAUACGUGAGAAAAUCUUCAACUGAUUCGUUGGAAGACGAUGAGAUUACCAUCCAACCGGUACGAAAGGAAGAUAUUCACACUGCUCUUGAUGGAGACUUCAAACUCAUAGGUCCACUGCUGCUAACAGCGGGAUGUUUUCUUCUUGUGAUAAAUGUAGCAUUAUGUGUGAUUGUCACGAGGGAAGCUUAUCAUAAUUCAAGAAUGGUACGUCCAAAUGCUUCUUUGAAUUCGAUGGCCAUGCCUGUUUGGGGGGGAGGACCUUUUUAUUUGACACCUGCUAAUCCUAUUCCAAUUGGCCACCACCCUAAUUCAGCUCCCAUUCCAUUUUCCUUCAGCAAACAAUUGUGGAAUAUUCCCAAUGCGCCGACUCCAGAUUUUUCUCUCGCUGGAACUUCUAGAGGAGGGAAAAUCAGACCGGCUUCUGCCAGUCUCAUUAGAGAUCAACCACCAUUUAACCCGGAUAUAGAUGCACCUGAAUGCGAUUCUUGAUUCUGGAGCACAAUUUGCGGCUAAGGUUUGCAAUUGAGUUUGGAACUAUUUGUUUUAUUACCAAUAGUAGAGUUAGGAAGCUUAUAAGACGACAUUAAAAAUGGAGAUGGAAUGUUAAUUGCUUUUUAGAUUAUAAUUUUCAUUUUUUUUAAGUCUUAGUUGUUUUUUUAAAUUUUAAAUUCAUAUUAACUAUAUAAAAUUGAAUAUAAUUUUUAAUACAUAAAUGUUGAGCUUUAAAACUAAGUAUUUGAAGCACUAGGAUAAAAUAUCCUGCUGACAAAGAGAAAGGGUAGGCUGUCUACUCUUUGGGUAGGCUUUAAGUUCAAAGUUCAUUUAAUAUUUGCACAUUUAGAAAUGUUUGACAUUUUAAUUCAUUUAUUAUUAUUU